CUUAACACCAUUGAUAUUGCCAACGUCUUUCUUCAUAUGUUGCUAACAUUGACAUUUCACGGACGGUCCUUCAAAAUUUAAUAUUGUACCGACAGGAAGUGAUGUAAUUGUGCGCACAACAGAGAGAGAAGGCAGCUGCGACGGUGAUACCAAUGCUACUCAACACUGACCACAUCUUCUCCAACCCACCCAAGUUUCAUUCUUUAUUUACAAAUUAAUUUAUUGGGUCGGAUUAAAUUGUUCCGAAGGACAAGAAGAAGAAGUUGCAGAAGCAGAAAUGGUGGAGAUGAAGGAGGAAGAGUCUCAGAAAAUUGCAGUUUUCAAAGGCAGGGAAAUAUUCGGGUCCAAUGCUCUGCACUCGUUUGUGGCUCUGGGUAUUUGGCUGGGUACAAUCCAUUUCAACAUGGCUCUGGUUCUUUUCACAAUAUUCUUCCUUCCAUUUUCCAAGGCCCUUCUUGCAUUUGCGUUGCUUGUAUUGUUUGUGAUCAUCCCAAUUGAUGAUAAGAGCAAAAUAGGAAGAUCACUUUCCAGGUACAUAUGUAAGCAUGCCUGUGCUUAUUUUCCCGUGACGCUGCACGCAGAGGAUAUCAAUGCCUUUGAUCCUAAUCACUCUUAUGUCUUUGGUUAUGAACCACAUUCGGUUUUAGCAAUUGGUGUUGUCGCACUUGCUGACCUUACCGGGUUCUUGCCUCUCACCAAAAUCAAGACCCUUGCGAGUAGCGCGGUGUUCUACACACCAUUCAUGAGACAUAUAUGGACAUGGUUGGGUUUUUCACCGGCCACAAGGAGUAAUUUUAUCUCCCACUUAUCCGCCGGUUAUAGUUGCAUCAUUGUGCCUGGUGGAGUGCGGGAGACAUUUUACAUGGAGCCUGGCACUGAGGUAGCAUACCUUAAGUCGAGAAGAGGAUUUGUUCGCAUAGCCAUGGAGCUGGGCCAUCCCGCGGUUCCAGUUUUCUGCUUUGGUCAGUCAAAUGUAUACAAAUGGUGGAGGCCAAGUGGGGAUUUAGUUUGGAAGAUUGCUAGAGCUCUCAAGUUCCCCCCAGUUUUCUUCUGGGGAAUAUUUGGAACUCCUGUACCCUACAGUCAUCCAAUGCACGUGGUGGUCGGAAAACCAAUCGAUCUCAAGAAAACUCCGCAACCCACCAUGGAAGAGGUGAACGAAGUGCACGGUCAGUUUGUUGCAGCACUGCAGGAUCUUUUCGAAAGGCACAAGGCACGGGUUGGUCACGCCAACCUUCAGUUAAAAAUUAUUUGAUCAGACACUAUUUUUUUUGUUUUCCCUAUUCAUUUUCUGGGAAAGUUAGUGUUAACUUGUUGUAUUAACUAUGAAGUUAGAUUGUGAAAAUAAUGGUUGAAGAGUCGCCUUUGGUAUAUA